GCCUUUGUGUUCCAUCUAUCCAACUAUCUAUCCAUCUAUCCAUCUACCAUCUUUCCAUCCUUCGCUCAUCUGCAUCUCGUGAAGCUGGCCAACAAAUGCUGCCCAUUUGGUUCCGAUACUCGAGAUUGGGAUUGGAGUUUCGAGACCUGAGCCUGAGACCAGAGAGAAUUAGACGCCACUACUAUAAAACGCCGUGUCAGAGCUUCGCGCCAUUGCAGUCGCCUCAGCGCUCGUCUCCCGCUCGGUUCGGUUUUGGUUUUGGUUUUUGGCUUUGGCUUUACUUCCCAUUUGUCGACUUCAUUUUCAUUGCUGACUGCUGACUGCUGGACAUGGUCCGAGUUCAGUGCUAACAUUGUUUGUUUUUUUUUUUGGUGCACCCGAGUGUGUUACGUGCGAACCGGUGAAUGUUGUCUGUGCUGGUUCCCUCCAAGGAGUGACCAUCGUCAUUUAGCCGGAUCAAGGCGGUCAAGCAGCCCCAUCAUCAACUUAGCAACAAGCACAAGUUAUUACCGGAGGAGGCCAUAAACGGAGUUCUGUAAUCAUGGUGUUGCACCACCUCAUUCUGCUCUUCGUGGUUUUCAUUAACAAUGUCCACGGCAUCUUGCCACCUCCUGGCUACGAUGACGACACUUCGCCACUGCCCCUCCGCCUGGACGACCUGGAAAGGGACCACCUGCAGCAGUUGGACCUCAACCGGCCGCCACUGCUGCCCAAUCGCUACGAGUGGCAGCCGAAUGUGGCCGCCAGUUUGCCGCCCAGCUACAUUCAGGAGGCCGCCCAACGCGAGCGGGAUCUCGAGCGGAAUCGGCGACUGGAGGAGCUGCGUCAGCUGCAGCAACAGCACCAGCAGCUCAGUUCGGGUUACGCCUUUCCCUCCCACCUGCCAGGUGUGCUCUACGUUGGCCCCACGGCUGCCACGCCCACUCCCACGCCCUCGCCAGCGACGACAACGGUGGCCGCCUCAGCUAAUCGAUUCGCCAAACCCAUAGUUCCCUACGACUUGGAUUUGGGGCUACGCGCCCUUCCUCCAUACGUGACCAGUAAUGCCCUGCCCCUCCCAGUGCCACGCCCCCUUCCGCCGCCCCAAGCCCGGCCGCCGUUCAUCUACGGAUUUACCGCCCAGGGUAGCCGGGCCAUCGGCCAGCCCCUGUCGGUUCAGCAGUCCAAGCAGUUCGCCUACGCUCCCGCUCAGCCGCCCCAGCGCCACUACGCGAAUGGGCCGCGGGUUCCGCUGCCGUAUCCGCCCAGCUUUGUGAGCUUCACCACUCGACGACCGGGCGGGCUGGAGAGGAUCAGGCCGUUCCGGCCAUCGCAGCCGGAUCCCACGCCCGAUUUGUUCGCUGGACGUUCCUCGAAGUCACUGCUCGACUCGUACAUUCCCAGCUGGGAGGUCCUGCGCCUCAUUAGGCAGCACCAGCCACAGGCACAGUCACAGCAAGGAUUCACUCCCAUUCAACGGCAAACGCUCGCGUAUCCCGCUCCGCCGCACUUGAGGCUCUACAAGCGGGAUUCGCAGGAGGAGCGUUCGAGGAUCGUGAAGAAAUCGCUGGGACAGCCCGGUAAACUCAAGGAAAACUAGCCUUACAUUAACCUUAGUUCGGGUUUAGCGUACGAUUUAAUUAUUAUAUUCUUAAUAAUACCUACAAAUACGAAUAUUUAUUGCAGCAGAAA